UAUCCUAGUUUUGACUUUUCUUAUGGAAAUUUUAGCAUAUUUUGCUUGCAUGGGCAUGUAAGAAGUUUCAAGACAAACCACUAUAUAUAUGUAAGUGUAUAUUAUAAUAUUCUUUACUCAGAAAGCGUAUGUUUAUGUUUGUUUUAGCUUCGCAUAGCAUAUUACAAAGGGUUUUGCUUAGUUUUUUUUGGGCCGGGUUGAAGAAAUGGGAAGAGGAAAGAUAGAGCUGAAGAGAAUAGAGAACCCAACAAGUAGACAGGUGACCUUCUCAAAGAGAAGAAAUGGGCUUUUGAAGAAGGCUUUUGAGUUGUCUAUUCUAUGUGAUGCUGAAGUUGCACUAGUCAUCUUCUCUACCUCUGGAAAGGGUUACCAAUUUGCUAGCCAUGACAUGAACAGAACCAUAGCAAGGUAUCGCAGUGAAGUAGGACUGCCUCAAUCAAUCGACCAAUACUCUAGACCAAUGGAGUUUUGGAGGGCUGAAAUUGAAGAGUUAAAGCGAUCAGUGGACAUAUUGGAGGCAAGACUUAGACACUCAGCUGGAGAAGAUCUGUCAUCAUUGGGCAUGAAAGAGUUAAAACAGCUAGAGCGACAGACAAGGACUGCAGUUGAACGUGUUCGCUCUAAAAAGAGGCGCAUUAUUUCGGAGAACAUCAACUUGAUGAAAAGGAAGCAAAGAGCCCUGCAAGAGGAAAACUCUCAUCUACAGAGACAAUUGCACGAGCUGCAUGAUGCUAACGUAAGCUCUAAAAUUUCGGGACAAACUGCGAGCAGUUGCAACAUCUCAAACCUAAGGGUUCUUCAAGAUGGAGUUGUCCGUUAAAGAAGGGUCCAAAUGAGUUCCACCAGUUAAAAAAAUGAUAAUCAAUUAUAUCAAUAAGUGUUGUAAUCAUAUAAUUAAGAGAAGUGCUACUACAUCUACAAUAUUUUCAUAAUAUUUUUAUAACAAAUUUGUAUGUGACAAGUUGUUAUUGGUUUUAAUUUGAAUCCACCACUUAAAUUA